AUGGCAGCUAUCCCACGAGAGGAGCCAUUAUUGGCUCCACCUGUCACCUUCUCCGAUGACCAGUCCUUUCAAGCCGAAGAAGACGACUCCCUCCUAACCGGCGAACGUUCACGCCGCCGUCACCCCGAAAGGCGGGGCUGGAUCUUCUGGAAGGACAUCGGGUUACUUGCCUGGGCCAUAAUUGCCACAAUCCUCGUUGUCAUCCUCGGAGUCGUCUACCAACACGAAGCCUCGAAACCGAACCACACAUCAAAGGACACAUGGGGCCCCGAUGGAAAGCCAUCCGGCAAGCGGAAUCUGAUCUUCAUGGUCUCUGACGGCAUGGGCCCCGCUAGUCUAUCCAUGACCCGCAGCUUCAGACAACACACGGAGGGGCUGCCGAUCGAUAACACUCUCAUUUUGGACCAACACUACAUUGGGACAUCUCGGACGCGAUCCACCUCCAGCCUGGUGACGGAUUCGGCAGCGGGAGCGACCGCGUUCUCAUGCGGCUUCAAGAGCUACAAUGGAGCUAUCUCGGUACUACCAGACCAUACACCCUGUGGAACUGUUUUAGAGGCUGCUGCACUUGCGGGAUACAAGACCGGACUGGUUGUUACGACGCGUCUGACGGAUGCCACGCCGGCGUGCUUUGCCUCCCAUGCCAAUCUGCGUUCAUACGAGGAUAGCAUUGCGGAGCAGGAAGUUGGGGAGAACCCCUUGGGUCGGGUCGUUGAUCUUAUGCUGGGUGGGGGAAGAUGUCACUUCCUGCCCAACACGACCAGUGGUAGCUGCCGAAAGGACGACCGGGAUAUAACCGAGGUUGCCUCCAAGAACGGGUUCAACCUUGUGAAUGAUAGAGCUGGAUUCGAUGCGCUAAAUGGCGGUACCCAAGCCAAAUUGCCGCUAUUGGGUCUCUUUGCUGAUACCGAUAUUCCUUACGAAAUCGACCGCCGCACGCAGAAUGAUGUGUACCCAUCAUUAGAGGAGAUGGCUCGCACUGCAUUGACUGCUUUGAGUGAGGCCACCCGCGACAGUGAGCAUGGCUUCUUCUUGAUGAUUGAAGGUUCGCGUAUUGACCACGCCGGCCACGGCAAUGAUCCCGCUGCCCAGGUCCACGAGGUGCUAGCCUACGACAAGGCCUUCGCUGCCGUUGUGGAAUUCUUGGAGAAGGACUCCACCCCCGGAGUACUUGUUGGUACGUCCGACCACGAGACCGGUGGUCUAGCGGCUGCCCGACAGCUUCACACGUCUUACCCGGAUUACCUAUGGUACCCCGGUGUCCUGGCAAAUGCCAGUCACUCUGCCGAGUUUACCGGAGCCAAGCUAAAUGAAUAUACUGCUGGAGCUGGACAGGAGGCAACGGAGUCAGAGAAGAAAACAUACAUCCGUCAAACACUCUUGGAGAAGGACUUGGGUAUCACCGAUGCCUCUGACCAGGAAUUGGAUGCUAUUAUCAACCCCCCGUCAGGAGUUUCUUCACACUAUGUCUUCGCAGAUAUGAUUAGUCGCCGUGCACAGAUUGGUUGGUCCACCCAUGGACAUUCUGCUGUUGAUGUCAACAUCUACGCAUCCUCCACCAAGGGUGCCUGGCCCUUGGUGGGUAACCAUGAGAACACCGAAGUGGGCACUUUCCUCGCCGACUACCUCGAUCUCGAUAUCGAAGACAUCACCAAACGCCUCCGGUCCUCAGCUUCUUGGAGCGCAUCCUCAGAUGAGGUCUCCGCACAAGCAGACUUCCACUGGAUGGGAGAUCCGCUAGGCUCAAAUGUUCAGACUGACGGUUUUGAUACGUAUCACGGCGACUUCAAGAAGCGAUCUCCAGAGGAUUGCGGAUGUGGUGGACUCCACUAG